AUGUUAAGUCAUACAGUGCCCUUACCUGAAUUAAUAAGUGUAUUGAAAAAGUUAAGUCAUCACCAACUUCAGCACUCCCAAUAUCAACAGUAUCAUCUAUGUAGAAGCAUUCGUCAACAAUGCUCUGAAUUGUUAAAAGAUAUUUCAAUAGUCAUUUCAGAUUUUGUGUAUUCUAUAUUAUUGGAGCAAUACAAUAUAGCCACUAUGUAUAAAAUUGAAAUGCAAGAAGGUGGUAUACUCCAAGUCUAUCAUAAUGAAAGUUAUAAAUAUAUAGUAUAUCAAGUUGAAACUGAAUAUACUUGUAGUUGUGAUUAUAGCACACAAUAUUUAUUGCCAUGCCAUCAUGUUUUUGCUGUUCAUAUCACCAAUAAGAGGGCUGUAAGUAUUGAUUAUAUUGGUACUCGUUGGAUUAUCUCAUUAACAAGAUUUAAUAUAAUACAACCUAGACAUGAUUUAACCAAUACUGAUGAGUUUGCAACUAAGUUUAUACCUUUUACCAAUCGAAGUAUUUACAAUAUUUUUACUAAUCAAGAGAAGGUACUUGCUAAGAAUACUGCAAAUUUACUUAAAGAUAUUAGAACAAUUUCUAAUAGAGUUAGACAUGUUAAAAUUAAUAAUUCACUUGCUUAUUUUGUGAAAGAAUUGAAUAAUGAAUAUCCCUUAGCACAAGAAGAUAUUGAAGAUUCUCUUACUGCAAAAACGAAAAGAAGGCCAAAUAAUACUAAUUACAAUAAAUCAG